AUGGCAACGAAAUCAAUCGCAGUCAUCGCUGGCGUGGGCGCUGGUACUGGAGCUUCAAUCGCGCGCAAAUUUGCCCAACAGUAUUCUGUGGCGCUUCUGGCCCGGAAUCCAACUAGUUACCAGACUCUCAUCCAAGAGAUAUGCAGUAUCGGCGGGAAUGCUAUUGGUAUAAAUACAGAUGUCACAAGUGAUGCGAGCGUUAAAAAUGCCUUCACAGAAAUAGCACGAGCGUUCCCCGGAGCGCCACUUGCUGCCGCGAUAUAUAACGUUGGUGGAGGGUUCGUGCGGAGUGCAUUUCUUGACCUUUCAGAAGAGGAAUUCAUGGCUGGUUUCGAGAGCAAUGCCAAAGGAGCGUUCAAUUUCUGUCAAUCAGCCCUCCCUUUACUUCUAAAGUCGCUGGAUCUAGAGUAUCCUCCCACACUCAUUUUUACUGGUGCCACUGCGAGUGUCAAAGGAUCUGCCUUUUGUUCCUCUUUUGCGACAGGGAAAUCUGCACUCCGUGCUUUGUCCCAGUCUUUAGCAAGGGAAUUUGGCCCCCAGGGAAUUCACGUUAGCCAUGCCAUUAUCGACGGCAUUAUUGAUAUUGAACGCACGAAAGGUUUCCAGUUUGAUUCUCCAGACGCAAAAUUGAGCCCUCAUUCGAUCGCGGAUACGUAUUGGUUCCUGCAUACCCAGCCGAGAACAACCUUUACCCAUGAAUUAGAUUUACGGCCGUAUGCCGAGAAAUGGUAA